CACACACACACACACACACAUCCAGGCAGCAGCCGCCGCUCUCUCACGCUGCCCGGACACUCGGAAAUUUCCCCGAGCAGCGCAGGAUAUCUGAGCGCCGGGAGCGGGGCAGCCUCUCCGCCGGCUCAUGCGCGUCUCCCCGGGGCUGGCUCGGACGGUUGGUGCCCUAGUAGAGCAUCUGGAGGUGCUAGGAUCAGCAGACAUCCAAAAGGUCUCUCAGCAAUAAGCUGUAGCUGCAGCCCCUCCCAACUCAGCUGUCAAAGAUGGUGGCGUUGUCGCUAAAAAUCUGCGUGCGCCAGUGCAAUGUUGUGAAGACGAUGCAGUUUGAGCCCUCCACAGCCAUUUAUGAUGCCUGCAGGAUCAUCAGAGACCGGGUUCCAGAGGCUCAAACGGGACAGGCAUCCGACUAUGGUCUGUUUCUGUCGGAUGAAGACCCCAGAAAAGGCAUCUGGCUGGAGUCUGGAAGGACACUGGACUACUACAUGCUCCGUAAUGGGGACAUUCUUGAGUAUAAGAAAAAGCAAAGACCUCAGAAAAUCAAAAUGUUGGAUGGCGCCGUCAAAACCAUCAUGGUGGAUGACUCUAAAACAGUGGGGGAGCUGCUUGUAACCAUAUGCAGUAGAAUAGGUAUCACGAACUAUGAGGAAUAUUCUCUGAUUCAGGAGACGGUGGAAGAAAAGAAGGAGGACGGAACGGGAACACUAAAGAAAGACCGCACACUGCUGCGCGAUGAGAGGAAGAUGGAGAAGCUGAAAGCAAAACUGCACACAGACGACGACUUAAACUGGCUGGACCACAGCCGAACGUUCAGAGAGCAGGGAGUGGACGACAACGAGACUCUUCUGCUCAGACGCAAGUUCUUCUACUCUGACCAGAACGUAGACUCUCGAGAUCCGGUCCAGCUCAACCUGCUCUAUGUUCAGGCUCGAGAUGAUAUCCUUAAUGGUUCUCACCCAGUGUCAUUUGACAAAGCCUGUGAGUUUGCAGGCAUUCAGGCCCAGAUCCAGUUUGGAUCUCACAUAGAGCACAAACACAAGCCCGGCUUCUUAGAUUUGAAGGAGUUUCUUCCUAAAGAGUAUAUAAAGCAGAGAGGAGCUGAGAAGAAAAUCUUUCAGGAGCACAAGAACUGUGGAGAAAUGACUGAAAUUGAGGCGAAAGUAAAAUAUGUAAAACUGGCGAGAUCCCUGCGCACGUAUGGAGUCUCCUUCUUCUUGGUCAAGGAAAAGAUGAAGAGUAAAAACAAGCUGGUGCCACGCCUCCUGGGCAUCACCAAAGAGUCUGUGAUGAGGGUGGACGAGAAAACCAAAGAUGUAGUUCAGGAGUGGCCGCUCACCACUGUGAAGAGGUGGGCAGCUUCACCCAAGAGCUUUACCUUGGACUUUGGGGAGUAUCAGGAGAGCUACUACUCUGUGCAGACCACUGAAGGGGAACAGAUCUCCCAGCUCAUUGCAGGUUACAUCGACAUCAUUCUCAAAAAGAAACAAAGCAAAGAUCGCUUUGGAUUGGAAGGUGAUGAGGAGUCAACCAUGCUGGAAGAAUCUGUAUCCCCGAAAAAGUCCACUAUCCUGCAGCAGCAGUUUAACCGCGUGGGCCGGGUGGAGCACGGCUCUGUGGCAUUACCUGGAGUGAUCCGGUCCGGCUCCAUUGGCACAGAGUCCCUCACUUUAGGAACCAUGCCUUCUCCGCAACAGCAGAUCACAAUGGGCCAGAUGCAUCGUGGACACAUGCCACCACUGAGUUCAGCCCAGCAGGCUCUCAUGGGAACCAUCAACACUAGUAUGCAGGCUGUGCAGAAGGCCCAGAUAGACCUGGGAGAGGUCGACAACCUCCCACCACUCGGGCAGGACAUGGCAUCCAAGGUGUGGAUCCAGAACAAGAUGGAUGAAUCCAAGCAUGAAAUUCACUCCCAGGUGGACGCCAUCACUGCAGGAACGGCCUCCGUCGUAAACCUCACAGCUGGUGAUCCCACCGACACAGACUACACAGCAGUGGGCUGUGCCAUCACCACCAUCUCCUCCAACCUGACUGAAAUGUCCAAGGGUGUGAAGCUGCUGGCUGCACUGAUGGAGGACGACGUGGGAGGAGGCAACGACCUAAUGAAGGCCGCCAGGACGCUUGCUGGGGCUGUGUCUGACCUGCUGAAGGCUGUGGAGCCAGCUUCUGGAGAGCCUCGUCAGACCGUGCUGACAGCGGCAGGAAGCAUCGGUCAGGCCAGCGGGGACCUCCUGCGCCAGAUUGGAGAGAACGAAACAGACGAAAGGUUCCAGGAUGUUUUAAUGAACCUGGCUAAAGCUGUGGCCAAUGCAGCAGCUAUGCUGGUGCUGAAAGCCAAGAACGUCGCUCAGGUUGCAGAGGACACAGUCCUGCAGAACCGGGUCAUUGCUGCCGCCACACAAUGUGCCCUAUCCACCUCCCAGCUGGUGGCGUGUGCAAAGGUGGUGAGUCCAACCAUCAGCUCCCCGGUUUGCCAGGAGCAGCUGAUCGAAGCGGGAAAACUUGUGGACCGCUCAGUGGAGAGCUGCAUCCAGGCCUGCCUGUCGGCCACAGAAGAUGGUGAGCUUCUCAAACAGGUGAGCGCCGCAGCCAGCGUGGUGAGUCAGGCUCUGGCCGAUUUGCUACAACACGUCCGCCAGUACACCUCCAGGGGAGAGCCGAUCGGACGCUACGACCAGGCCACGGAUACGAUCAUGACCGUCACAGAGAGCAUUUUCAUCUCCAUGGGGGACGCGGGAGAGAUGGUGCGUCAGGCUCGUGUUUUGGCUCAGGCCACCUCUGACCUGGUGAACGCCAUGAGGUCUGAUGCUGAAGCUGAGGUAGACGUCGACAACUCUAAGAAGCUCCUGGCAGCUGCUAAAUUGCUGGCAGAUGCUACUGCAAGGAUGGUGGAGGCUGCAAAGGGAGCUGCAGCAUAUCCAGAAAACGAGGAUCAGCAGCAGAGACUGAGAGAGGCGGCAGAAGGUCUGCGCGUGGCCACCAACGCCGCUGCUCAAAAUGCCAUCAAGAAGAAACUGAUCAACAGGCUGGAGAAUGCUGCAAAACAAGCUGCUGCUGCAGCUACACAGACGAUUGCUGCUGCUCAGAAUGCCGCUGCCUCCAACAAGAACACAGCUGCCCACCAGCAGCUGGUGCAGAGCUGUAAGGCAGUGGCAGACCACAUCCCACAACUUGUCCAGGGAGUCAGAAGCAGUCAGGCCAAACCAGAGGACCUGAGUGCUCAACUUGCCCUCAUCAUUGCCAGCCAGAACUUCCUACAGCCUGGUAGUAAGAUGGUGACUUCGGCCAAGUCAUCUGUUCCCACGGUUACGGAUCAGGCAGCCGCAAUGCAACUGGGCCAGUGUGCCAAAAACCUGGCCACUUGUCUGGCUGAGCUGAGGACAGCUGCACAGAAGGCCCAUGAAGCUUGUGGCCCGAUGGAAAUCGAUUCUGCCCUCACUGCAAUUCAAACACUGAGAAGUGAGCUGCAAGAUGCCAAACUGGCUGCAACAACCACCCAGCUGAAACCUCUGCCUGGAGAAUCUCUGGAGAAAUGUGCUCAGGAUUUGGGCAGCACCUCAAAGUCAGUCGGAUCCUCCAUGGCCCAGCUGCUCACCUGUGCGGCUCAAGGAAAUGAGCAUUUCACUGGAAUAGCAGCUCGAGAGACGGCUCAGGCGCUGAAAACUCUUGCCCAGGCGGCCCGCGGGGUCGCCGCUUCCAUCACCGACCCCAAGGCUUCAGCUGCCAUGCUGGACUCGGCUCGUGAUGUUAUGGAAGGGUCAGCUCUUCUUAUUCAUGAGGCCAAGCAGGCGCUGAUUUCCCCUGCAGAUGCAGAGAGUCAGCAGCGACUGGCACAGGUGGCCAAAGCUGUCUCUCACUCCCUGAACAACUGUGUCAACUGUCUGCCUGGCCAGAAGGAUGUGGACAUGGCACUAAAGAGCAUUGGGGAGGCCAGUAAGAAGCUCCUGAUGGAUGCUAUCCCCCCGGCCAACAAAUCCUUCCAGGAGGCCCAGAACGAGCUCAACCAGACUGCAGCCGACCUGAACCAGUCUGCAGGCGAGGUGGUGACUGCCACUCGAGGCUCCAGCAGCCAGCUGGCUGUGGCCUCUGGAAAGUUCAGCCAUGACUUUGAUGAAUUCCUGGAUGCCGGCAUUGAGAUGGCUGGUCAUACGCAGAAAAAGGAUGACCAGGUUCAAGUGAUCAGUAACCUGAAGAACAUCUCCAUGGCUUCAAGUAAACUGUUGCUGGCUGCUAAAAGUCUCUCUGUGGAUCCAGCAGCAGCCAACGCCAAAAAUCUGUUAGCUGCCGCUGCAAGAGCUGUGACUGACAGCAUCAACCAGCUGAUCACGCUGUGCACACAGCAGGCGCCCGGCCAGAAGGAGUGUGACAACGCCCUGAGAGAGCUGGAGGCUGUGAGAGGAAUGCUGGACAACCCCAGUGAACCGGUCAAUGACCUGUCUUACUUUGACUGCAUCGAGAGUGUGAUGGAGAACUCCAAGGUCCUCGGUGAGUCCAUGGCUGGUAUAUCCCAGAACUGCAAGAUCAGCGACGUGACUGCGUUUGGUGACAGCGUGGGCUCGGCCUCCAAAGCCCUUUGUGGCCUCACUGAAGCCGCCGGGCAGGCUUCCUACCUAGUGGGCGUGUCUGAUCCUAACAGCCAGGCAGGACACCAGGGUCUGGUGGACCCCAUCCAGUUUGCCAAAGCCAACCAGGCAAUCCAGAUGGCCUGCCAGAAUCUUGUGGACCCAGAAAGCAGUCCCUCCCAGGUGCUCUCCGCCGCCACCAUCGUUGCUAAACACACCUCAGCGUUGUGCAACGCCUGCCGUCUGGCGUCCUCCAAGACCACUAACCCAGUUGCUAAGAGGCACUUUGUCCAGUCAGCCAAAGAGGUUGCCAACAGCACUGCCAACCUGGUCAAAACCAUAAAGGCUUUGGACGGAGAUUUCUCAGAGGAGAACAGGAGCAGGUGUCAAGUUGCCACAACUCCAUUAAUAGAAGCUGUGGAGAACCUCACAACAUUUGCUUCCAACCCUGAGUUUGCCAGUGUGCCAGCUCAAAUCAGCAACGAGGGCUCAGCUGCUCAGGAACCAAUCAUCCAAUCAGCGCGCUCCAUGCUGGACAGCUCCACCCUCCUUCUUAAAACUGCACGCUCAUUGGCUCUCAACCCAAAAGACCCGCCGACGUGGUCUGUUCUGGCUGGUCACUCUCGAACCGUCUCCGACUCCAUAAAGAGUUUGAUCACAGCUAUUCGAGACAAAGCCCCCGGCCAGCGGGAAUGUGACUCUUCCAUCGAUAAUAUUAACAAAUGUAUCCGGGACAUUGAACAGGCCUCUCUGGCAGUUGUCAGCCAGAACUUGCCCAGCAGGGACGACAUCUCACUGGAGGCCUUGCAGGAGCAGCUGACAUCCACUGUGCAGGAAAUUGGCCACUUAAUUGACCCCGUUUCCACAGCUGCCAGGGGCGAAGCUUCCCAACUAGGACACAAGGUGACCCAGCUGGCUGGUUACUUUGAGCCCCUCAUCAAAGCCUCUGUGGGCGUGGCCUCCAAGCUGAACGACCACCAGCAGCAGAUGACUUUCCUGGAUCAAACCAAGACUCUGGCUGAGUCUGCACUGCAGAUGCUCUAUGCUGCCAAGGAAGGUGGAGGAAACCCAAAGGCAUCCCAUACCCAUGAUGCCAUAGCAGAGGCAGCUCAGCUCAUGAAGGAGGCGGUGGAUGACAUCAUGGUGACACUUAAUGAGGCUGCCAGUGAGGUGGGCAUGGUUGGAGGAAUGGUGGAGUCCAUCGCUGAGGCCAUGGCAAAGCUGGAUGAGGGCACGCCACCUGAGGAUGAGGGUUCUUUUGUAGACUACCAGACCAGCAUGGUGAAACACUCCAAGGCUAUAGCAGUCACUGCUCAGGAAAUGAUGACAAAGUCUGUGACGAGUCCAGACGAGUUGGGGGCCCUGGCCUCUCAGGUGACCGUGGACUACAGCCAGCUGGCGGUUCAGGGGCGGCUGGCGUCCCACACUGCAGAGCCGGAAGAGAUUGGAUUCCAGAUCAAGACUAGAGUCCAGGAGCUCGGUCACGGCUGCAUCUACCUGGUUCAGAAGGCUGGAGCUCUGCAGAUCAGCCCCACUGACAGCUUCACCAAGAGGGAACUCAUUGAAUGUGCUCGUGCAGUUACAGAGAAGGUGUCCUUGGUGCUUUCAGCGCUGCAGGCUGGCAACAAAGGAACUCAGGCCUGCAUCACAGCUGCCAGCGCAGUGUCCGGCAUCAUUGCUGACCUGGACACCACCAUCAUGUUUGCUUCAGCUGGCACUCUCAAUGCAGAGAACGAUGAAUCUUUCGCUGACCACAGGGAGAACAUCCUGAAGACGGCUAAAGCUCUGGUCGAGGACACAAAGAUGCUUGUGUCCGGCGCUGCUUCCGGUCAGGAGAGGUUAGCGCAGGCCGCCCAGUCUUCUGCCAAAACCAUUACUCAGCUCACAGAUGUGGUCAAGCUAGGAGCUGCCAGCAUUGGCUCAGAUGACCCUGAGACACAGGUGGUUCUGAUUAAUGCUGUGAAAGAUGUGGCUAAAGCUCUGGCUGAGCUCAUUAGUGCCACCAAGUGUGCAGCAGGCAAGGCAGCAGAUGAUCCGUCCAUGUAUCAGCUGAAGAGUGCUGCCAAGGUUAUGGUGACCAAUGUGACUUCUCUACUGAAGACUGUGAAGGCUGUAGAGGACGAGGCCACACGGGGCACCAGGGCACUGGAGGCUACGAUUGAGUGCAUCAAACAGGAAAUGGCGCUGUUUCAGUCCAAAGACUCUCCAUACAAGACGACAACGCCCGAGGAGUUCAUUCGCAUGACAAAGGGGAUCACCAUGGCAACAGCUAAAGCAGUAGCUGCAGGAAACUCUGCGAGACAAGAGGACAUCAUUCACACCGCCAACCUGAGCCGCAAAGCUAUUUCGGACAUGCUGACCACCUGCAAGCAAGCGGCCUUCCAUCCUGAGGUCAGUGAGGAUGUGAGGACCAGAGCGCUCAGGUUUGGAGUGGAGUGUACAACUGGAUACAUUGAACUACUGGAGCAAGUUCUCCUGGUCCUGUUGAGGCCGUCCCCUGAGCAGAAGCAGCAGCUGGCGGCUUCCUCCAAACGUGUUGCAUGUGCAGUCACAGAGCUCAUCCAUACUGCCGAGGCCAUGAAAGAUGGAGGUUCCGAGUGGGUGGAUCCCGAGGAUCCAACUGUAAUCGCGGAGACUGAGCUGCUCGGAGCAGCAGCAUCUAUCGAAGCAGCAGCCAAGAAGCUGGAGCAGCUCAAACCCAGAGCCAAACCGAAGCAGGCCGAUGAAACGCUAAACUUUGAGGAGCAGAUCCUAGAAGCUGCCAAGUCCAUCGCUGCAGCCACCAGUGCUUUGGUCAAAUCAGCCUCUGCUGCCCAGAGGGAGCUGGUCGCUCAGGGGAAAGUGGGCGCCAUCCCAGCUAAUGCAGUGGAUGACGGACAGUGGUCUCAGGGACUCAUCUCUGCCGCUCGAAUGGUAGCAGCAGCAACCAGCAGCCUGUGUGAAGCAGCCAAUGCAUCUGUUCAAGGCCACGCCAGCGAGGAGAAGCUUAUCUCUUCGGCCAAGCAGGUGGCAGCCUCCACUGCCCAGCUGCUGGUGGCCUGCAAGGUGAAGGCAGACCAAGACUCUGAAGCCAUGAGGAGACUGCAGGUUGCAGGAAACGCUGUGAAAAAGGCAUCGGACAAUUUGGUUCGUGCAGCUCAGAAGGCAGCUUUUGACAAAGCGGAUGAAGACAACGUUGUGGUCAAGACCAAGUUUGUGGGUGGAAUAGCACAGAUCAUUGCAGCCCAGGAAGAGAUGCUGAGGAAGGAGAGGGAGCUGGAGGAAGCAAGGAAGAAGCUGGCUCAGAUUAGGCAGCAGCAGUACAAGUUCCUGCCCAGCGAACUUCGGGAGGAUGCCAACUAAUAAUUACCGGCUCCUCCUUUCAAACUCCUCUGUCUGUGUGUGCAGAUUUGCACGCAUGGGAAGGCAUGUGACCUACAGAGACUUCAGGCGCUGAUUUUUAUGAACCGGUGAAGCUUCCGUCUGCAGAGAAACACACCUGACUUUAUUGCAUGAAAAGAUCAAGUCAGAUCCGAAAUAUUUUAUACUACUACUGCGUGGAAAUGACUACUUCUCCAAAACAACAUGAAGAAUGUGGUAAACUGACAUAUUUUAUUGUCCAUGAAAAGCAUUAUCUACUUUAACUAAUGUAAACCAGAAUGUGACAUGCCAGGGACAAACAGCAUAGCUCACACGCUCUCUUGUGCGCCCAUAAGCUAGACUUUUCUUUUACGCUUAAGUAUAGAACUUUGAAAUGAAGAAUUGAUUGCACUGCUUUUCCUGUCACGUCUGCCGUGUAACUUCACUCUGAAAGCAAAAAAACAACUCUGGUUGUGGGAAUGUCAGCCUUCAUGCUUCUGUUUGCACAUUAGUGUCAGUGUGAGUCCUGCCACCACUGUGGGAAGACUUGAAUCCAGUAGUCAAAAACCCUAAUAUGGAAGGAGGAAUUAUGCAUAUUGGUGUUUCUUAGACACUAGUGAAUAUUUCAGGAAUGGAGUUGGUUGGUUUGAGAAGGAUUCAUUUAAUUUUGGGAUUCUGUUUUUCUUUUAUCCAUUUUUUUUAGCUCUCCAUAAUAAACGCUUGGAAGAAACCCAUCCGGAUAGAUGUGUGCAAACUCUGACUACACUACAUGUGAAUUUUGUGCAACCAUAGGCAGAUUAUUUAUUACUCGUUAAUAUAUUAUUAACCUCUAGAUUUCUUUAGGAGCAGAAAUGUUUGCAUUUUAACUUCAACUAAUGUAGAUUGAGACAAUUUAGGGACAAGUUUUGAUCAUGUUUCCUUUCUGUUAGACUGUUAUAAAUAUAAACAGGAGUUGGAUCACAAUGCAAUGGAAUGGAUGGUGCUUUAGGGGGCAGCAUUGGUUAGCAGUACCCCAUGCAACAUAAACUGGUUAUCCAAAGGAUGAUGUUGCUGUGAAUGGCUUUAAAAGCUCAUAAUUCUGUCAGGAUGAGGGAAAAAUUGUGUGUGUGGUCACUACCUCUACUUUGGUCCAUUUCUUAGUGUUAAUUUCUUACACCAUUACCCAUUUCUUUUUAGGAAUACUGCUAGCAUCACUUCAGCUUUAGUUGUAUGCAUACAACGGUUUGGCAAUGAUUUGAAACUCUUUUGCAAAAGUCUCAUCCCUGCAACUGAUCCAUCUUUUUUUUUUUUUUCCUGGGAGCUCUGUGCAACUUGCUGCAUUAGAAGUGUCUUGUUUACUGAGUUUGAUUGUACGCUUAGUUUCUGCUGUGCAAAUGCAUGUGUUUGCUCUUCAAAUGCAGAAUAAUGUAGACUUUCACAUAAGGGCCGCACACCCCCACACCAUACAGCUGGAGGCAGACAGCUGUUUUACAGAGGUUGCUGUGCUGAGGCAUUUUCUAUCUGAGCAUUAAAUAAAGGGAGAAAGAAAGGGAAUGUCCACUGCUUAUAUUGGUUUGAAUGUUUGUUGUGUCAUUAUUAGUGCCUUAGUCCUUAGCCCAUACAUUGUCAGCACCGUUUGAGUGGAAGCUUCACAUUAGUGGUUGGUUAGUUGAGGGUCCUGGAGGAGCCAGUGUUUAAAGGUUAAAAAAAAACUUGCAGUUUUAAAUGUUCUAUCAGUAUCAAUACUGUAUAUGUAUUCUACUCAUGGACACAUUUUUGUACUGCAUUCCAUGGGCUUGUACAGCACCACAGUGCUUCUAAACUUCACAGACUGCAGACAUAAGCCAGUUAGCUGCUUUAACGUGUGUUAUGAAGUCUCAAAAGUGUUAUGGUUGGGCUUUUUUUUGGUGCAUUUAUGCCAUAUGAAAGAUAAAUGAGGUUGGAAUAUUUCAAUGUAUACCAUGAAGAUGUGAUGCAUUUCAGUGCUGUGGGAUAUUUGAGGUGUUACUAAGAAUCCAUGCUCCCUUUACAGAAUUCGAUUUGGAAGCUGGUACGCCAAAAAUGAUUGACAAGUUGCAUUAUAAAAGAUGUUUAUCUGGCCUUGAUUAAACUAUUUUUUUGUAUUCACCCGAAAUAAAAUGAUUAAGUAUAAUGAAA